AUGCGUCCCUCUAAAAAGUCCGAUUCCCUUCAUGUGGAGGAAGUGUUAUGGAGUGAGUGUAUUGUAGAAGAAGGAGACUGCGGGGCGGGAACUCAGACCAGUAGUCGCCUGGUCCUGAGAUCAGGAACUCACGUUACCUACCAACAGAGGAACUGUACAGUUGACUGUGAUGUGGAACUUGACUUGUUUGAGAGAGAUGUUCUAGCGACUCCAGCAAGUGGCACGAGCAUGCUGGAUCAACUUCUGGACACAGAACAGCGUUCAUACAACCCGGCUCCUGACGAACUCUUAUCCGGACAAAGCGAAUUUGAAGACACUAAUUACGAGGAUGUGGAAGAGGCGUCCCAGUCACCAGUAUCUACCAGUUUUGAAGGGACUAUAAUACAAGAUAGCCGGAUAGCAGAGCUGCAAAGCGGCACUGAGGCUUCGGAACUUGAACGUGAUGAAUUCUGCACCGUUAACAUAACAACACACGUGUACGAGCCGUGUAACGUGACCUGUGGAGCAGGAUUCGAGCGGGUUAUUCUCCUCCGGAACAACUUUAGGCCCUGUGGAGAUAAAUCCCGACCUUGCUUCCGAAACUGCACUCACCGACAUUCUAUAUACUACGAGAAGAUGACUGAAUGCCAGGGCGAGUGUGACGGAGGGAACAGCACAGUACAAGGCACUCAGCUUUAUAUGAAGUUUUGUCAGGAUAACCCAUGUGCUAUAAAAACGGAGACGUGUACUGUACAAUGUGGUGAAGAUGAGCCGAGAAAACCUGGUGAGACUCACGGUUGGAGUGAAUGCACUGCUCGGUGUGGUCCAGGUACUCAGUCCCAAGUGGUCGAGGGAGGGGAUGUCGUCACCAGAUCUUGUAACGGCUCAUGUGAUCAGGAUAUACCACGUGACAGUGAUUACUCGGAUUGGAGCGUCUGUAGUGCCCGCUGUAAUAUUGAUGUACAAACACGUGGUCUCCAUGGCAACAACCGUACUGAUAACUACCAACUUUGUUACGGGCCAUGUGACGGAAUGGGGGUGUUGUGGAGCGACUGGUCGCUUUGCACGUGUUUUGAUCACGGAGCUGGUGUUUCCAAGAGGUACCCAAUCAGCUGUAACUCCUCCUCCGAGUGUAAUGAAGAGACUGUGUCGUGUUCAUACAGUGAUUGUGCCGAGCAAGAUGAAAGUUCUUACAUUGUUCACGGUAUCAAACUGGUUGACAGUAGUAGUGAAUAUUCUGUAGCAGAGGGCUCAUCUCUAGAACUGACUUGCUUAGUACUGCUAGAGACCUCAUCAGACUCAGCUAUGACGUCAUCAGACUCAGCUAUGACGUCAUCAGGCUCAGCUAUGACGUCAUCCAAUCUGAAGGCCACGAAUCUUUCUCCGAGUGGGAUCACAUUAUCAUGGAUUACAGUUUCUCCAGAUGAAGGGACGAUUGAUUUUGAAGAGCAUGUAGUUGUAAAGAGGGUUGACAAAGUUUACAAAAUACUUUACAACGUCUUAAGAAUAAAAGUUGUGAGAGCAAUCCACGCUGCAGGCUACCUGUGUAAAGUUACAUCGGCAUCAGGAGCACAGCACACAACAAUCAAACCUGUUAAAGUUUUUAGUUUCAUCGCCUCCCCACACAACGUCACUGUUGCUUUAGGUGGUGAAGCUGUCCUAACGUGUCAUGUUCAACAUCCGGACCAGAUAACUACUCCCAACAAUAAUGUACAGGAGAGAAGCAAAGUGUACAUCACGUGGUUAAAAGAUGAUCUAGUCCUCUUCUCUCUGGUUCAUGUUAGGUCGCCCUUCAGAAGCUUACUUACUGUGUUUAACGCUGAUGAGAAUGAUGGGGGUCGUUACAGCUGCCAGGCUCGGUCCGGUGAUCUGAAGAUAGUGUCAAAAGCAGGUCAGGUGACAGUGGGCGUGGAACCACUGGAGUUGGAGACACGGUCAGACGAUAUGAUGGAUUCUCUGGUGUGGUCAGAGUGGUCGGAGUGGUCAGAGUGCUCCAAUCCGUGUGAUAUGGGUUUGAGGGUGCGGAGUCGACUUGUGAGUGAAGACACGACAGAAAAUGAAAUUAGUCUAUGUUCUGGAAGCUCUGAAUGUGCGACAUCUCAAGUAGGAAUGGUUAUAAGAGUGGUGUACAGUGAAGUGUCUCACCAAGUGUCAAUACUCUCAGCUUGGUCUGUGUGGGGAUCUUGUGAAACGUAUACAUGCUCCAGGUCCAGGUCCAGGAAUUGUUUGAGUACUGGGUGUGAAGAAACACUGUUAUCAGAACCUGAAUAUUGUAAUCCCUGUGUAGUUCAGAGCGGUGGUCCGGGCAGAAAGAAACGGUCGGCAGAGUACCUGACGGGUAGAUUCUCAAAAUGCUCAACAAACUGCGGUCUUGGAGUCACUGUCAGACCAAUCUUCUGUGACGACUGUAAUCAGAUGACGUUUGAAGUGGACUCAUGUAUGAGUGAUGUUCAAUGUCAAGGUAGCAAUUUGGGAGUUUCUGCUCAAGUAACUAUCUUCUCGGACUCUAACGGAGUUGAGAUGUAUUCGGAGUGGGCUGACUGGGGGGAGUGUAACUGUGGAACCAGGACUCAGACCAGGACCAGGUUUUGUAUUACAACUAGCUGUGCAGAGCCUGCACUUUGUCAGGAGUGUUCUAUAGGCGACCAAAGCGAGGAUAGAUCGUGUGACAAACAGUGUGAGUUAGACUCCUUCACAACCUGGAGUGUUUGGGGACAUUGCCAACCCUCCUGUGGAUCCGGCAGACGCUACCGCACACGCUCUUGCAACGGGUACACGUGCACGGGUAGACUAUCAGACUCAGAACAGUGUGACACGGAGUGUGCGGAGGUGGACUACUUCUUUACCCAGUGGAGUAACUGGACAUCCUGUAAUCUUCAGAAUUAUAAGCUCAGGACCAGGACUUGUAUAGAUGAGACAAACUGUCCGAACACUGCAAAAUUGAAGUUAGAUUUGAAGAAUUGUGACCAAAUUGCAGGAGAACUCGGUUAUGAGGACGGAUCUGGUGAUACAGGUAAAUACGAUGAUGAUAGUGCUGAUAGUGCUGAUAGUGCUGAUAGUGCUGAUAGUGCUGAUAGUGCUGAUAGUGCUGAUAGUGCUGAUAGUGCUGAUAGUGCUGAUAGUGCUGAUAGUGCUGAUAGUGCUGAUAGUGCUGAUAGUGCUGAUAGUGCUGAUGGAGAAUACUACGAGCAAUGGAGCGUAUGGUCAUCGUGUGAGAAUCAGAGCUAUAAAGGAGUGUGCUGAUAGUGCUGAUAGUGCUGAUAGUGCUGAUAGUGCUGAUAGUGCUGAUAGUGCUGAUAGUGCUGAUAGUGCUGAUGGAGAAUACUACGAGCAAUGGAGCGUAUGGUCAUCGUGUGAGAAUCAGAGAUAUAAGUACAG